GAGAACGGAAAAAUAAUGUUUGAAACGCAAAUCAUCCACACCGAACAUAAAGACGUAAUCCACGAUGUGGCCUACGAUUACUACGGACAACGCAUGGCAACCUGUAGCAGCGAUCAGUACGUAAAGGUAUGGGACCAAAACGAGCAGGGCGUGUGGAGUGUAACGUCUAGCUGGAAAUCACAUUCCGGAUCGGUUUGGCGUUUGUCAUGGGCACAUCCGGAAUUUGGACAGGUACUGGCAACCAGCUCGUUCGACCGUACCGUCUCGGUUUGGGAGGAAACGGUGGGAGAAAAGACGAAUCCGGCCAUGCCGCCGCUAAAGCGAUGGGUACGUCGUACCAAUUUGGUUGAUUCCCGGACGAGCGUGACGGAUGUAAAGUUUGCACCAAAAUCGCAAGGCCUAAUGUUAGCGGCAUGCUCAGCGGAUGGUGUUAUCCGCAUCUACGAAGCACCGGACAUCAUGAACUUGUCCCAGUGGACGUUAUCGCACGAGAUCAGUGUAAAGAUUCCUCUCAGCUGUCUUACGUGGAAUCCGUCCAUGUUUCGGCUGCAUCCCGCAAUGAUUGCAGCCGGAAGCGAUGAUUCGUCGCAAAGUACCGGUGGCAAGGUGUUCAUAUUUGAAUACAGUGAGAAUGCAAGGCGCUGGGCGAAAACCGAGACGAUUAAUUCGAUCACUGAACCGGUGCAUGAUAUAGCAUUCGCACCGAAUGUGGGACGCAGUUAUCACAUUUUGGCUGUUGCCAGUAAGGAUGUUCAGAUAUUCAACCUCAAACCAAUUCUCGAUCCAACGGCAAACUCGCGACUGGAAAUACAACCCGCGGCUCAGUUUGGGGACCAUUACUGCACUGUAUGGCGAGUAACAUGGAACAUCACGGGGACGAUGCUAGCCUCGACUGGUGAUGAUGGAUGUGUUCGAAUGUGGAAAAUGAACUAUUUAAAGAAUUGGCGUUGUGCCGCGGUGCUUAAGGCGGAAAACUCCGAAUCGGCUCCGGAAACAUCGGUAACUGCUUCGCUAAAGUCUAGUAUAGUGAAUGCAACGGCUAAAUAUUACAAGAGAGGCACAAUCAGCCAUCCGGGGCAAGUUCCACGACAUUAG